AUGUCCUCCACUGCAGCGGAACGACGCCAAGUCUUCUUAGCUUGUAAGGGUAAGGCGAUCUUCUCUGGCCCUUAUGCCUCAUAUCGAAAUACAGGUGCUAUUAUCAAACGCAUUGUGAAACAUAAAACCUCACUCCGCGCUUUAUUUCCCAAAUUUUCGGUCGGGAGAGUUUGUCGUAUCUCCAAGGAACUGCUGGAGGCUGGCGUAUUCGAAUCAGACAUCAAAGCUCAGCUGAUAUUCCCUGAUCUUCUUGCGCCGUCCACGACGAAAGAGAGAGAACACAAUGCUUUUGAAGACGAGGCAGCCCAUACGCAAGCGAAGACUGUCAAAGAGGUUGAUUCGGUAUGUGAGGAAGAGGAAAGCGAGAUCAAACAAUCUCCUUCCAUAUCAAUGUCUAUGAAGGUAGAGACUUCUGUGGAAGAAGAGACUCACGCCAACCAGGAAAAUACCUCCGUACCCCUGCCCCCACCCUCAGCUGAGCCGGAGCUGCCCAUUCCGUCACUACACCCAUCGUACUUCCCAUACCAUGCUCAGCAUUCUAUCCUGUCACAAGUCCAGCAAGUACUGGAGGAAGGCUGUUUUGACUUUACGAAGAAAUGGCUGCCUUCAGAACUUGAAGACAAUGGAUGGGAUUGCGCCGCAGCGGUAGAGCUCACAAAAUGGACAAAAUUGUUUAAGAAGUGGUCCUCACAGCUUCCGGAUGGCUCAUUGCAAUGCAGUGGCCCGGAGUUUCAUGCACGUCUUGCUGAGGUUGCUGGAAUUCGACACACUGCAGUCCACCGAGCCCCAAUAACAGCUAGAGCAGUUGACGCAUUUAUCGUUUCGGCUGUGAGACUGACGGAAGCUUUGCGGGAUUCACAGCGCACGUCACAACUGGAGAAUCUUCAUCUCGAUAUUCAAGCCAAGGUCAAUGCGAUGGAGUUUAGCAAGAACGCGCUUGAAGGGGACCUCCGCCGUGAGUGGGAAGCCAUACAGCGGCAAGGAGAAGAGCUGGAAAGGAAGAAGGUGGAACUUCUAGCAAAGACUAUCGCCAAUGAUAAUGAGAUUAAAGUCCUUACGGGGCUCAUGGUUAAGAAGUCAAUCGAAAGGAUCUUUCUUGGUGGGACUCAUGAAAAUAGCUCAACUGGCUUUGUAACAGCUGAUGAGAAGGUGGAAGGUGACUGA